GACCCCCCAGAUCCCCAAAAGAUUCCCGUGCAGGACGCGGUGGGGGUGACUGUUGUGCUCCUCACAUGCUCCUACCGUUCAAAAGAAUUCAUCCGUGUGGGCUAUUAUGUCAACAACGAAUAUGCAGAUCCAGAAAUGAGGGAAAACCCACCCACCGUGCCUCAAUUUGACAAGCUGCAGAGGAACAUCCUGGCAACGUCCCCACGUGUUACGAGGUUCAAGAUCGACUGGGAUGACAACGCAGGGGUCCAAGACCUCCCCUCAACGUCCAACGGCCAGUCCCAUGAUGCUCAGGUGGAAGACAGCAAUGGUCCCCUCAACCAGAUCUUCCAGGAGAGCACCAACCACAGUAUGGAGAUGGAAGUCAUGUGAGAGACGGUUUUUAGUUUGUGUUCCGUUGUGAUGUCUUGUUUUACAAAUUAAAUUUAU